AUGUCUGCUUCCGUCGAAGACCACACACGCCCCCUCAAUUCACUCUUCGAAGACUUCGACGACCACUAUGCAAACGAAGAACACGCGGCGAGAAGACGGCGGGUGGGAAGAGCAUCUCGAAGACCGACACCAGGCGAGGGGCGCUAUGCGGGUGACGGGUAUGAUUUCAGGCGGCCAGUCAUGUCGGAGAGGGGCAUGGAUGAGAGGCGGGAGGCGGCAGUGAAUAGCAGCGGACCCGCUGCGGUCAUCGAUUUGACGGACGACGACAACACACAAGAUCCACAAAGAAGUGAAGCGGCCGCUCCCGCACCUGCCGUCACUGCAGGCUCUUCUUCACGCGCAAAUGGGUGGCCCAGGUUCGAUCGCAACGUCAUCAACUACAUCGACGAACCGGACCACGAAACCUCAGAGCUACCAGGUGCCAACUACCUUGCGCUUCCGGGUCAAGCAGCAGUAUAUUCCAGGCGACCGCAGUUCUCGGGGCUCAGAAGACCAGCACGCCCGCCGUCACCGCCCACAGACAUGGAUGAUGUGGAGUUUGUGGAAGAGCGUACGACUUCUCGGCCAAGGAGUGUAGCGAGUCGACAACCCACACCUUUUGCAGGUUUCGGCCGUGGUCCACGCAGUAUCACUCCCUACCCUACCGGCACCUCAGGCAACUCAGACCAGCCCAUCGAUCUCACGGAGGACAACGACGAUGAUGUGGUGCUGUUGAACGCGCGGCAAAGAGAUGGCGUGGGCGCGAACAACGCACAUCCUGUGGCACCUGGUCGCGACUUCGGUCACUUCGGCAACAUUGCGAAUUUGCUGCGAGAAGGAGGGGCGCAUGCGGGCUCGAGGCUCAUCCAGCGACUGCACGGCUUCAUGGAUUUCGGCGACCGAAUGGCGGGGGAGCAGGCAGAGGCGCAGUUCGUACACAACCAUGCUCCCAGACGCGAAGCGCCACCUCAACCUCGCGCGCACCGUGCUCAGCACCGCACAGUCAACGGAAACGCGCCAGUGGGUAACGCCGGGGCAUUCAUGGCGGGAGCGUUCCAGAUGCAGUUGGGUGGUAUGAUGGACUACAACAUGACCGGCUUCGACAUGGGGAUCCAGGGUGGCAAUCGACCGCCGACGCCAAAGUACAGUCCGCCACCUGCAGCAGAGUCAGGCUUCACGCGCUCGCCUGGUGAGGAGGAUGUGGUGGUGUGUCCGAACUGUGGGGACGAGCUUGCGGUGGCAGCGCCGUCGCGUUCGAAGGAGGAGAGGGAGGUCAAGCAGGAGAUUUGGGUGAUUAAGAGUUGUGGACAUGCCUACUGCGGCGAGUGUGCUCGUAUCAGCGGGAAAUCGGCAGCAAGCAAGAAGGGCAAAGGAAAGGCCCCCGCCACGAAUCUGGGCUUCGAAGCCAAAGCACAGCCUUUCAGAAACUGCGUGGUCGAUGGAUGUAGUAAGCCGGCAGUGAAGGCCUCGUGGGUUAAGGUCUAUGAGUAG